AGUCUCUUGGUCUUGAACUAUAAGCAGCGAGCGCUUCCUAAGAGAUACUGGUCAAGAGGUGUACCAAACUGGCUUCCCAGGUCCAAUUGCUCCACCACAGCACAACAGAGUUUGACAGGCCACUGGUUGCUGUUCGAUUCCCUCCCUCCAAGGCCAGUCCUUCCUCCACCCCUCCUUCCCAGCUGUAAAAAGGCAACUUCAAACCUUCGCAAGCCGGGCAGUAGUGUUGCGCUCUCUUCUAAGAUGGAGAUGCCGCAGUCUUCAGCUGGCAAUGUUCAGAUUCAGGCCAAUCAAUCCAAUGAGCCAGAUCGUCCCAAAGUGAUUGUUGUAGGGGCUGGUAUAGCAGGCCUUGUGGCCGCUCACAAGCUCCAAAAGACGGGGCGUUUCAACGUUGUUGUUCUCGAGGGCUCCGACCGCGUCGGCGGACGCGUUUACACCUCCAUUUUCCAGGGCAAAAGGGUUGAGUUAGGCGCCCAGUGGAUACACGGGAUCAAAGGCAGUCCUGUGUACGCACUCGCCAAAGAAGAGGGGCUAAUGGAAAGCGAAGACGACUUGGCAGCGAGUGAGGGCGACGAGUCUGAAGACGAGGAAGAAUUUGACUUUGACGAGAUGCUCGCUGACAUCAGCGUGACGCGCACCGAGACGGGGGGUGUGAUCGACAAGGCAUUGCGGCGGGAGGUGGGGCGGGUGUUCCGAAGGCUGCACAAAGCAACGGAGACAAAGGGGACGUUUCAGCGGGGGGGCGUGGAGAGCGUCGGUGAGUUCUUAGACGAGCGUUUUGAGGAGUGGCUUAGCGGAGAGCAGACUGAGGGUGGAAGUGUGGAAAAGGGCGGUGGUGAAGAGAAGAGGCAGGUUGUAGGCGGCGACGAAACGGGGCGGGGUUUGACACAAGCGCCAAAGAGAGGGCUGGGGCCUGAGGUCGCCGGUGCCGCAGUGCCAAGCUCGGGUGCGCCAACUGACACCGGCCCUGCGGAGGGGAGUAACGCCAGUGGGCAAACGCCUGGGGAGUUACGCGCCCUGAAGCGGGCCGUGUUUGAGAUGCGCAAGAAGCUGGAGUGCAACAUCACCGGCUCCGCUGACCUCACGCUGCUGUCGCUCGAGGCGUUCCCUGACUACUUGGAGUUCCCUGGUCCCCAGCUGCAGAUUCCACGCGGUUAUUCUGGGGUUGCGGAGGCGUUGCUCCGGAAGCUGUCGCCCGGGUCCGUGCGUUUUAACCAAAGGGUAAAGUGCAUCAGGUGGGGUUUGAUUGGAGCGGCACAUGUUGACGUCAGCUCAAGUGACGUCAGCUACAAGGGAAGGGCCGAGGUCGGAGGAGGUGCACGGGUUUCGGAGAGGUCUGCCGGUGCCGAGGUCAGGUCGGAGAAGGAGGGGGUCAAGUCGGACGGUUUAGGUGACCCCGUUCGAGUGGAGUGCGACAGCGGGGACCAUUUUGCGGCUGACCACGUGAUUGUCACGGUGUCUCUUGGUGUGCUGAAAGAGCGCGCAGCCAGCACGCGUCCCUGCGAUGCGUUCAGCAAUCAAUCGUCUGAAGCCGGGGAAGGUCUUGAAGCCGGGUUAGCGAACCGGGAACCCGCCCCUGAAACCUCCGGGGCAAGCGACCGGAGCUUCCAACCGAGCACUGGAGAAGAGACCGGGAGUGCCCGGAGCUUUGAACCGAGAACAGCGCUGUUUGACCCACCGCUCCCGGAGGAAAAGCGGGCAGCGAUCCGGAGAAUGGGCUUCGGUGUGGUGGAUAAGGUGUUCGUCGACUUCGAGAAGCAGCCGCUGCCGAGGGGGUGUGGGUCUCUCGAGCUGGCGUGGUUGUCAGAGCCAUCAGAUUCUGAACCGUCCCAUUCCGAGUGGGUGCGAGGCCUGUUCUCCUUUGGAACACCAAACGGGCUGCCCAAGUCCGUCAUGUGUUGGGUCAGUGGGCAAAACGCCCUCGGAAUGGAACAGCUUCCUCCCAGCACGAUCGCCGACGACGUCGUGAGUACACUACGACGGUUGCAAGGGGACACGACGGUACCCACCGUUGCUGACGUGGCGCACAGCAACUGGGCGACGGAUCCUCUGUUCAGGGGUUCCUACUCGUACGUGGCCGUCGGGUCGAGUGAGGAAGAUAUCCACGAGCUAGCCCGGCCCUUGCCGUACCUGCAAAAUUUGAAGGCCGUAGAUGUGGCCAGUUUUGGCGAACGUCUUUCUUUGGACAACGAAGGUGCGGGUAGCACGGAGGAGAAGAGGCAGAGAAUUAUAGGGCGUCAGGAUGAGAGCGGAAAAGAAGAGGGGAUUGAAGAGACGGCGCGGGCUUCGAGAAUUCUUUUUGCUGCAAGGGCCAAAGGUACCUGCUGGCUGGGAAGAUACGGCUCAACGGAAUGUCCGAGGUUAAGCGGAGCUGAAACAAAGCUAGAAUUAGAGACGGCGUCUCGGUGCAUCUGUGGAGAUUCGGCAUGGUUGCGUAUUCUGCCCGAGAUGGGGGCCGUAGUCAUCAUCGCGGUGGUGGUGCCAGUUUCUGUUAUAGCGCUCCUGGUUUUCGUCGCGGUGUUUUUGGUGUGGCGGCACAAGGAGGAGACCUCGAAGACGGUGGAUCACACGGCAUUGGCCAAGCGGUGGUUUGUGUGGAACCAAAACCAGGAUCUGCCUGUGGGGAAGAACGAAAAGCAAGGGCCCUCAAAGCCCGCAGAUUCAAAGCCCGCCUCCAAAGCCCCCAUCCCCCUCCAAUCGGUAGUCGUCACCACACCAACCGGGGGGCGAAGCGUGGGCGAAACCCUCCCCCCCCGGCCUCAAACCACCCCCCGGGACUCCCCCAGGGGCGACGGGAUCCCCCGCCCGGAAGUUCUUAACCGACCAGAAAUCGUUAACCGACCGGAUAUUGUUAACCGACCAGAAACGAGCCCCCGGGUGGGGGUGCUGCCGCGCCCGGGAAUAUCUCCCCAGGAGGCCGCGAAUCAGUUGGCGGUCACGUCGCGGACGCCGUGGAAUGCCGGGUCGGCGAGCCCCGAGUCGGUGCGGUCGCUCGGGGCGUCGUCUGCGGAUGCCGGCGCGGUGGACUCGCCGAGGGCGCGCAUCGUCCCGCUCAAUCAUGGGGGAGCCACCGACUGGCUGUCAAGCCGCAGCUUCACUCUGCGGGAGAUCCUGGUUGCGACCAACUAUUUCAAUCCGAAGUUGGAGCUGGGCAGCGGCGGGUUCGGCAAGGUGUACCACGGGCAGCUGCGCGACGGCGGCACCGUCGCGAUCAAGCGCAUGAAGAAGGAGUCCAAGCAAGGGAUGCGCGAGUUCAUCAACGAAGUGCGGCUGUUGGGCAGACUGCGCCACGUGAACUUGGUCCAGCUGGUGGGAUUCUGUGCGACGGAAGAGGAGCAGCUGCUGUGCUAUGAGUACAUGCCCAACGGAAAUUUGGCGCAGCACUUGAGAGGGACGAAGAAACCGCUCUCAUGGCGGAUGCGUCUGGAGGUGGCAAUCGGCGCGGCCAAGGGCCUAGAUUACCUCCACGUCAUAGCAACGCCACCUGUCAUCCAUCGAGACGUGAAGAGCAGCAACAUCCUGUUGGACGAGGACUGGAACGCCAAGGUGGCCGACUUUGGCCUAUCAAAAGCUGUACCGAUGAAUUCCAACAUCGCCUCCAGUUCGACGUUCGUUAGGGGAACGCCCGGAUAUUUCGACCCCGAGUAUUACGAGGGCCAGCGACUGACGGAGAAGUCGGACGUCUACGCUUUCGGUGUGGUGCUGUUGGAGAUGCUGACCGGGAAGAAGCCCAUAGACGAGACGCUCCCCCUUGCCGACGGCAGCCUCGCGAAAUGGGCGCGGCCGCAUUUGCGCGACCCAGAGCGCGCGGUGUCCCUGGUGGACCCGCGCAUCCAGGGCAGUAUGACGCGCGCAUCGGUGCUCAAGUUCGCGUCGCUCGCGCUCAACUGCAUCGCAUUGUCGGGCGAUGAGCGACCGUCGAUGAGCGAGGUCGUCCUGCGGUUGCAAGAGGCCAUCGCUUCUUGAAACGAUUUUCGUCGUAUGUCAGUCAAAUGUGUUAUUGCUUUGCGGGAUGGUCCGCACGAGGGGGUGAAGUUAGGGAGUGUGUAUUUAAAACGUGUUUGGAAGUUUGUUGUGUUUGAGCUUAGGCCAGAUGAAUUGAAGCUUUCGUCGAGUGGGCGCGAGAUAAAACAAUCUCUUUUACUGGAGAAGUUGUGCAUCAGACUAGGCAAAAGUCGAUUGGGUCAAAUUCUUAGAAUUGUGAGCGGAUCAACAUAUUCUCUCAGUCAACGCUAUCUUGAAGCCCGUUGAUUCUAGCAAGCCCGUGGGCCGGGCUGCUUGAGCUAGUGCGUAAAGUGAGAGGUGCUGAUGCGUACGGUGUACAAUCAAAUCUGACGUAGUGCGUUCACAAUUACGUGUUAAUGGUGGGUGCCGUCACCGUGUAGUACGUAGAACGUAGAUAGAGCGUGCGCGUGUUGAGUUGUGGAUACAGAUAGGUUAGUUGAGUAACCUCGACAAUGAUUUCUCUGUUCUAAUUCUUUAAGCUGCAACGGGUGGGUGUUGAUCUGGCACGACCGAGGGUUCUCUUCUUUUUGGUAGAUUGGAUUGCUAGCUAGUAACCGUUGCAUUGCUAGCUAAACAUCAGGAUGUCACCAUCAUCAACCAAGUGACUGCCCACGUGGAUAAGCUCCGGCUGGGCUAGCUAGAUUGAACUCAUCAUCGAUCUGCUUUUAUGAGCCCGCAAUGAU